AUGACUCGUGUAAAACCAGGACAAAGACAGCGUGCUAGAGCGCCGAAAACGAGUGCGCAUAAGGAGACUAACGAACUGCAGGAGGUCAAAUGUGACGAAGCUCGUCCAGCCUGUACGAGAUGUACAUCUACUGGUCGGAAAUGUGAUGGUUAUCAGACCAACACACCUAGCCCCCCAGCUGCCUCAUCCCCGUCGGCUGUGUCCUCCCCAACCUCUGUCAUCUCCACAUAUAGCACUCAACCAGAGGCACGAUCAUUCCAGUUCUUCAUCGAAAAAACCCUGGUAAACUUCCAGACCUUUUUCGAAGAUGAUCUUUGGAAUAGAAGAGUUCUCCAAGUAGCUCAGUCCACAGACUGUAUAAGACAUGCUAUCGUCGCCUUGGCCUAUUAUCAUGAGCUCUAUCUUACUCAUGAACAGUGGCGGAGUCUUGAGUCUGUUUCGGCACUGAAACACUACAAUCUUGCUAUCAAGGAACUUCUCAACCCAUCACCUAACACUUCAUCACAAGGCCAUAUCCUUGUUCUAUCAUGUUUGAUUUUCAUCUGCAUUGAGCUUCUUCAUGGAAAGACUGACUCAGCCAUUGGUCUAUUCCGCUAUGGCUGUGCCAUGAUCCAGCAAUUCAGAAGAACUUUCUCAGCCAACAGAAGCCACGGCUCCCAUGCCAAGUCUGACGUCGAAGCGACCUUCAGUCUUGCUGAUGCCUGCUUCAGACGCAUUGCGGUGCAACUUCUUAUGCUCAUGGGGGACGUUGAUGUAGGUAUUUGGCCAUCAUAUCAUGAGACCUUCAGCAAUGCACUUCCGCCUCCUGAAACAUCAUUUUCAUCCCUUUCUGACGCAAGAGAAGCCAUCCUGGAGCUCCUUGUUGAACAAGCCAGUCCUGGUCUGAAGGGAAAGCCAAUCUACGAAACAGUCUCACACGCUACAAAGGUCGAGCAGUGGGGCCAGUCGUUUGAUAAUCUCUUGACUGAGCUUAAGAACAGUGGCAAAAAUUUGAGUAUUAGUGAACAACGAGCAAUCGCCCUGCUGCAGCUUCAUCGAAAGUACCUGGAGAUUAAUGUUGCAAAGUACCUGCACGGUCAAGGCAACCCUUGCUUUUGGGAUCGUUUCACCACUGAAUUUGACGAAAUCGUCAACUGCGCGGCCACAGCUGCCGGACUUGACAAGAACUACACUCAAAGAAACUGGGUUAAAGACUCUCCCUCGGAGGCAUAUUUCCACGUCGACCUCGGGUACACAUCAGUUCUAGUUUCAGUCAUAGCACGAUGUCGCGAUCCAACCGUUCGAAGAAGAGCUAUCGCAGUCAUGCUAGCAGAACGUGUACAAGAAGGAGUGUUUAAUGGAACCCAGUCAGCCAGAGUAGGGGCCAGAGUGAUGGAACUUGAAGAGGCCAGGAGUGGAAGAGAGGUAAGAUGUAGCAGCGAUAUACCCGAGGACGCUCGAGUAAGAACUAUUCGUGUGCAUUUGCUAGGGCCUGAAAAUAAGAAGGUGAAGAUGGUGUAUGGGUUUGACCAGGGAUAUUGGGAGGAGGUUAGAGAGAUGGCUGAAUAG